AUGCACAUGGAAACUCGUGGCUGGGAUAGGCCGAUGAUAUUCACCGAAGAAGGUGAAGCGUUAAGCGUCACUCAAAUUUCGCGACUUCCAACAUCUUGGAAAUCUGGCUAUGGCUCCGGACUUCGUCCUGGAUAUGCUCUUUGCCCCAAACCAGUUACCUGUGGUUCAAAAUGCGGCGUUUCGAGAGAAUCCAUGACAUCGUUGAGCCCGUUGAGGAGUACCGCCAGGGAGGAUAUUAUCCAGUACACCUCCACGAUGUAUUCAACGGGAGGUUACGAGGUUAUUGGAAAGUUGGCGUUUGGCCAAUUCUCAACUGUAUGGCUCGCACAUAAUCAACUACUCCAGCGACAUGUUGCAUUGAAGAUACUGAAAGCAGAUGUUUCCAGAAACAAUAAAGAGCUUGCUAUGUUCCUUAAAUUAUCUGCUCCAGGCCUAGAUCAUGGAUUAUUUUGA